AUGCUCUUACAAGGUCAUCCACCGGAAUUUGAAUUUGAGGUGACCUCAUCUCUCCAUGCUGGAGAUGCCAGGUUGACAACUGUUUUAGCAGCGUUGAAACUUUUGCAUAUUGAUACGUCUGACAACCCGAACAGACGAGGGAGUAGAUCGGCUUCUAACUUCAAGACCCGUGAUGUCAGGUUAGAAUUAGAGAGUGUGACAAAGAGCUCGUAUAAGGUCAAUCGAUCACGCACUAUGUUCUAUGAGGUUAGACAUAACCCGAGCUUUAGACGCUUCACAGCUGGAGAAAUCGAACACGGCCUCGACUUCAGACGCAACCGUGAUUUUCCUGAAGAUACAAUCGAAAAAGAGCGUAAAUCAACAGGUCAAUCUAGGAGAACACUAUUGAUGAGACGAAAUUAUUGUAGACUGAUUGAAUCGACUACCCGAGCCCGAUUGUCUUCUGCUGCCAGUGACUCGAGCGUGGCAGCAAGUAACGAGAAUGAACACCAAUCUACAGAGUCACCUAAAAUGUCAUCAGAAGACACUGAAUCAGUUCAGCCGAGUCCACGAGCGGUUGCAAGAAUCUCAUCCAACAUAGCCAGGAUCAAAUUGAAUUAUCGAGAAUGGUGGACGUGUUGUGAUCAUAUGUUUGGACCUGGUGGACCGAUUGAGAAUGAAACAGUCAGAACCCCACAUAAACAACAAAACACUCACAAAGAAGGCGGGCCACUGCUCACAAAAGAUACCGAAGCCUUCGACAGAUUCCUUAUUUGUAUCUUUGCCUACUUCAAAAUAGAAUGCCGACAGCGUAUUUCCUCGGAAUUCGGUGAUCAACUGGACAACUGUAAAAUGAAUAUCAAGCAAAGAGUUAUGGUUGGUCAACAUUUCAGAAGUGAUUCGAAAACAUUGCAAAAUAGGACGAGUGUAAAAAGAUGCUAUUAUUAA